AUGUACGGCGGCGGUGUCGGCGGCGGCGAAGACACGAGCGUACAUAGUGCAGCACAAAAUAGUCCCCCGACAUUACAAACUUCCGGAGGCACGACAAUUUCGCAUCAUUUGGGCACGUUACAGCAACAGCAUCAACAAAAUCAGCAGCAGCAGCAUCCGCAAAGUCAGCAACAGAAUCAACAAACGGCAUCUACGGCAUCCCAACAAAAUUCUCAACAGACAUCGCAAAAUACCCCACAGAGCAACGUGGCUUCGGCACAGGCACAAAUUAUCGCGCCAUCAUCGGCGAGUGACUCUCCAACGAGCGUGAGUUCACAACCAACAGGCUCUCUGCACGCUCCAGUUCCAAAACGUCCAGGAUUUGAGGCGACAGAUCCGUUAGCUCGCCCUUAUUGGGGCACGUAUGAGCCGACAGCAUUCGAUUAUAAUCACGGGAUGACUUAUGGCAUCGAUCGCGAUAUCAAGCCAUCUUUUACUUAUCCUUAUCCAGAUCCAACAUUUCCUCAACCCUCAUAUUGGCCCCAAACACGCCCUUAUGAUUAUAUAACUCCCAAAACGGAAGAUCGCCGAAUGCUCGAUACUCCAAGACAAACUUCAGAUACGUCAGUUUUUGAAUAUACGCCUCCUGCAUCGAGGAUACCGUACACGCCGAAUACGGAAACUUAUACAGCGCCUCCUUUGACACAAACAAAUACCGGCAAUUGCGGAACAUCGGGCAGCGGCUUGGAUUGGACAGGACCCACGAAUGUGCGUAAAAAGCGCAAACCAUACUCGAAAGUGCAAACGUUGGAGUUGGAAAAGGAAUAUUUGUUCAAUCAGUAUGUGUCGAAGCAGAAGCGAUGGGAGCUGGCACGGAAUUUGAAUCUCACGGAGAGACAAGUGAAAAUCUGGUUCCAAAAUCGCCGCAUGAAAAACAAGAAAAACUCGCAGCGACAACAGAGUCAACAAAAUAACAACAACAGCACGAGUAACAACCACAAUAGUCACGUACAGUCGCAACAGCAUCACAAUGCGCAUCAUCUUAACCUGAGUUUGGGCAUGAGUCACCAUCCGAAAAUGCAUCAGUGA